ACGCGCCAGCCGCCUCAACAAAAUGUACAAGCUACACUCGGUGCUUUGGGUAUGCCUGUGCCUGGCUAGCUGCCUGGGCUUUGGCCAGUUCCAUAUGAAGCACUAUCAGCUGCAACGAAACUAUAAUACUCCCGAUGAUUCCGGCGAGGAUGACAAUAGCGUAUUACGCACCUAUCGUCGCUGCAUGUGGGAGCAGUCGAAGUUUUUGCCACGUCGCCUCGUCCUGCUUAGCCUGUGCUCGAAUCUGUUCUGUGAGAACAACCAAAUCAUGCCGCGUUCCAGGUCUAUUUUCGUAGUGGAAAAAAUGUCUAGACCGAAUGACUGCCUGGACAUCUUGCCCGAGCAGUGCGAACAAGGCGAUGAGGAGGAGCUGAUGUACAAGCCUUUUCCCGACUGUUGUCCGGUCUACUGCAAUCUGAAGCGCCGCAUGCAACGUCUGCGCACCAUGCACUUCCGGCAUCGCAUGCUGCGCAACAUGCAGCAACAGCAGAAGGGCAGCGAUGAGAGUGUGGGCAGCGCUCUGCUGAGUGAAUUUGGCAUCAACCACUACUAGACGUAGGCGUUAUGUUAAGCCUUAUUUUUUUUUGUUCCAUGUUAUGUUUUAUGUACAAGUACUAUAAGUCAUAUUUUUUAUGGUAUACGAGUGCUCGUAUGUGUCCGGAAUGUAAAGUUUUUCAAGGCGAGAAUUAUAUUCGAACUUAUUGUUUGAGGCAGCAUA